AUGACCGAACAAUCCCAAGCACAAACCCUCCUCCUAAUCUUCCGCAAAGAAUCUCCCGAUCUCUUCCACCUCCUCAACGAAACCGGCCUCCCAAUCUCUGCGACCUCCCCGCUCAUCAAGUCCCAAACGCAAGGCAAGACGCUCGUCGUUGCGCCGCUGUUGUUGGUCGCGGUUACCGAGGCGAUGCGUGCGAACCAGGAUGUUUUUGGGGGGUUUGAAUACCUAAUGAGCUGGACAGCAAACGACUUCCGCCACUUCUAUGUGGUUCUCGAGAAGCGUCCCCCACCCAAGGCGAAAUCCGACGAUAAUAACAACGGUUCCUCUUCCUCGCCGUGGGGCGAUAAACCUGAGGACCAGAAGUCGAACGCAGGGGGUUGGGGCGAUAACGAUAACAACAACGAUACAGACAACAGCAACAGUAAUGAUCAGAAUGGGAACUCGAACUCCGCCUGGGGAGACAAUAACAACUCUUCUUCGAGCACUAACAACAAUAACAGUGGUGGCAAUGAUGCCUGGGGUGCACCUCCCAGUAGCCCUGUCAGAGAUAACAACAGCAACAACAACGCUGCAUCUGAGUUUGCGAAUCAUGCCUGGCCCGCUGAUCUCGUGAGCGCGAAUAACCCAAACGGCAACGGCAAUCGCAAUAGAGGCGGACGUGGACGCACUGCUAGCGGGGCUUCUGAUUGGGAUGUGCGGGAUUGGGCGAGGAGUCCGUCCGAGGUGGGAGGAGCUGGUGCUAGUGCUGGAGGGGGAGGCGGUUGGGGAGGUGGUACGCCUGCUACUACUGCGCCUGGUAGUUCUAGGGGAAAGAGUGAGUGGUAG